AUGCAGGGCGCGGCGACCCGGGCGGCAGGCCCGCGCGGCCCCUGGGGAAAGUCUGCCCGGGCCCCACCGCAGGGCUCAGCGGGGCGCGGAGGGGGCGCGGGCACCCGGGCAGCCCCCGCGCGCCGGCCUCGCCGUUCCCGGGCGGGGUCCCGGCGGGGGCGGAGCGCGGCGGCUGCGGCGACGCCCCCAGCCCGGCAGGCGGGGUCGGGGCGGGCGCCCGGGAGGGCGGGGACAGACGCGCAGACACGCCCGGGCCGCUUCCGUCCGGCCCCCUGUGAGCGCGCGCCGGGCCAGCGCGGGUGGCGGCGGGCUCGGGCCGCCAGGAAUGAACAGGGAGCCGGGCGCCCGCGGCCGGGACCCCGCCUCGCCCCCGCCAGCCCGCGCCCCCGCCCCGCCGCCGCCGCCCCCGCCGCCCGGCGCUCCGUGCCCGCCCCCCGAGGCCGGCGGCUACUCCCACCAGCUGCCGCUGCUGCUGCUGCUCCAGUGAGCACCGCCCGGCGCCCGCCUUUGUCCCCGGCGCUCCGCCAGCUGCGCCCGGCCGCGGACCCGGAGGCGGGGGGCGCGCAGGCGGCCGCCGCUGAUGCCGCCGCCGCCGCGCCGCCCUCCGAGGCUGCGUCCCACGGAGCGCGGCGCCCCGAGCUCCCCGGCCCGGCCCGGCGUCCGGGACUGGAGCGCGCCCGCAUGGAGGCGCCCGGGCAGGCCAAGGAGGCCGCGGCGGACACCGACCCCCGAGGGGCCCCGGAGGAUGCCCCCGACGGGGCGCCCGCGCUCUGCCCCAGCCCGGAGGCGCCCUCGCCGGAGCCGCCCGCCUACCGCCUGCAGGACUUCGACACGCUGGCCACCGUGGGCACUGGGACAUUCGGGCGGGUUCACUUGGUGAAGGAGAAGACCACUGAGCAUUUCUUUGCACUCAAGGUGAUGAGCAUUCCUGACGUCAUCCGCUUGAAGCAGGAGCAGCAUGUGCACAAUGAGAAGUCCGUCCUGAAGGAAGUCAGCCACCCAUUCCUCAUCAGGCUGUUCUGGACCUGCCACGACGCGCGAUUCCUCUACAUGCUGAUGGAGUUUGUGCCAGGCGGCGAGCUCUUCAGCUACCUGCGGAACAGGGGCCGCUUCGCCACCGCCACGGGGCUCUUCUACUCGGCGGAGAUCAUCUGUGCCCUCGAGUACCUGCACUCCAAGGAGAUCGUCUACCGGGACUUGAAGCCGGAGAACAUCCUGCUGGACAGAGACGGUCACAUCAAGCUCACGGACUUUGGGUUCGCCAAGAAACUGGUAGACAGGACGUGGACCCUCUGCGGAACGCCCGAGUACCUGGCCCCGGAAGUCAUCCAGAGCAAGGGCCACGGAAGAGCCGUGGACUGGUGGGCCCUCGGCAUCCUGAUAUUCGAGAUGCUCUCGGGGUUUCCUCCGUUUUUUGAUGACAACCCGUUUGGCAUCUACCAGAAAAUUCUUGGAGGCAAAAUAGAUUUCCCCAGACAUUUGGACUUCAGUGCGAAAGACCUCAUUAAGAAACUGCUCGUUGUGGACAGAACAAAGCGGCUGGGAAACAUGAAGAACGGCGCCAGUGACGUGAAGCGACAUCGCUGGUUCCGAGCCGUGGACUGGGACGCCGUCCCGCAGAGAAAGCUGAAGCCUCCCAUAGUGCCCAAGAUAUCCGGCGAUGGCGAUACCUCCAACUUCGAAACCUACCCCGAGAACGACUGGGACGCUGCCCCUCCCGUGCCGGAGAAAGACCUAGAAAUCUUCAAGAAUUUCUGAUGCCAGGAACUCUCAUCUGCAAGAAUCAGGAAGACUGGAGCCUCCGGGGGGGCAGAGAACUUCACUCAGCAGAGGAGAAGAAAUGUGUUCUUCGUGCGACAGGAACAUUCCCACGUUUAUAUACGUCUGUAUGUGUAUAAAACCAGUCGGGAACAAUUGGGACCUGGCAUUAUUCAAACAACUGGAAUUGUACUGCACUGCAGGAAGUUUUGAAAAAUUGUUUGGUUGUAGAGUUUAUCCUUUGGGGUUGUGUUCCUACUGUGAUUUCUUGGUUUUCCUCAUAGACUUAACUUUAUAAAUUUGAGCUACACUUACUGGGUGGUGACCACAGACCGUGUGUGCGUGUGCGUGUGUGUGUGCGUGUGCGUGUGCAUGCGUGUGGAGAAGAAACUCUGGCAGGUGCACACGCAUGGUACAGUGAUGGAAAUGUUCCUACUUUGCAGAACCUGUGAUUUUUUUAUGUUUCCAUUUUUUUUUUUCCAAAAAUCAGUUCUCUUGGGGAAAAAAAAUCUAAAGAGUCUGUUGUAGGCAUCUUUUAUCAUCUUUUAUGCAUUUUGUAGUUUUUGAGGAAGAAAAUCACGUGUGGAGAUCUUUAUCCAAGAUCUUUAGUGCUUCGUACCUGGUAACCUGAGACUUUGAAACGAGAAAGAACAGGAAGAUGAUAUGGGAGUGAGGAGUGAAUUCAUUCCAAGAACCACCAGUGGCAUUAGUUGUUCACAGAACCUGUCAUACUCCAGAAAUCUUCUGUGUCCCCUUCAGAAAUUUCGUAUUGUGCAGGGUGAUGGCUACCUAGUGGAAUCUCGGUCGAAACCUCUUGAACAAAAUGCACUUCUCAAAGCUCACUUUUAAGAUGGGAUCCAAGGCGAGGGAGGACAACCUUCAUGCAAAGAUUUUCUUCUGCCUUUCGUUUUGGGGAAAGCAAAAGGCAAAUGGUCUAUAGGAUGUGAGCACAUGGCAGAGUCAAAAUGACCCUGUUUCGCUUCUCCUUGUGAAUGUUCUCAAUUUGUGUCCAGCCAAUAUUCUCCUCUUACAGAUCCUACUGGCUUGUGUAGAAUAAUCAAUGGGUGAGAUUUUUCUCUGGGAAAUCAAUUAGGAAAAUACCCUGAAGGGCAUCCUCGAAAUUUUUCCCCCUUGGGGGUUGACUUAAUGACAGCCUGUUGGUGACAUGGCCAGGAUGUGUCUACUGCUGAAGAUAGGUCAUCACACGUCUGCAUCCUAGAAGAGGGACAUGGCAGAGGUGCUUGGGGUCUGGAUUGUAUAUAACUCUUUUGCUUCACUCUUUCGCCGCUUCACCUUCCUGAUUCUAAACGUGUCUGUAAAAAUCUAAGUGGGCGGCAGCUUCUCUGUUCACCCUGACUCAGCUCGAACGUGGCAUCUAGUCACGGGCUGUGGCCACAAGGGAGGUCUGUGCAGAGUGGCAAGAUGACAACGGAAAUGCAUCCAUCUCUUGGAUUUGGCCGGGGUCCCCCACAAAUCAGAAGGCAGUGGCUUUGUGGAUUUGACGGCAGGAUGAAGCCAACUUGCAUCAUAAAAAGGCUUGAAAAGACGGGGAAAUGGAAGGAACAAAAUACCCCCCUUCCCGUUUUCAUAAAUGACCUUUUGUUCACGUAGAAUUCAACUCAGUAGGUGACGGUGGUUAGUAGGUACAGGAAAAUAAACGGCGCUGGACAACUCAGUGGGAAAUUAUGUUCAGAUGGUGAGCCCCAGUGGAAGUAUUUCUGCAAAACCAUAUUUUCAGUGUGUGCUUCUCAGACAACAUUCCAUUUGCAUUAAAAGUCGUGGACCAAAAUUGGCUAAAAAAUAGGGCAUGCAGGUCUCUGAACUAUUCCAUCAGUGAAUGUUAGGCACCGAGAUACAGACCUAGAAGGAAAAGCAUAAGUCUCAUAUCCUCUGACAAUAAAAAUAAAUUAUAAUUAUUAUUAUUGAGCCUUCCUGCUUCAAAAAAAAGAAUAAGUAAAUGAAACACCUUUCUUGAAUAUAGUAAAAAAUUGUACACAGACACAUUAGUCCAUAUGCCUAUUUUUGGGUUUCGUUUUCAUUAUCCAGGAUUUAAAAUUGUGAUGAAAAUUAACCUCAAGGAAGCCUCAAAUGCAUUGCCUUAAUCUUCAACAGGUACGCAGGAAAAUCAAAUGUGUGAAAGCAUCGUUUCCCUUCAUCGUUUCCCUUCACUCUUUAUGGACACAGUCAUCAGCCCCCAGCCAUGCACAACAAAUGAAAAAUGAAAAGGAAUUCCAAGGACACACAGUGGUGUAAAACCCACUUUCAACCGUCCUGCACAUUUAAGCGUCUAAAGUGUCACAUGCUACAUAUUAACUGCCCAGGAUGGGACCAUAAUUUAAAUGGCAUGAUGUCAUGCAGACUGGUUUAAUCAAAAUUGAGUCAUCGACUUGGAAACAAUCACUACUAUAUAACUUAAAAAUAGUUCGCCUUGGCGGGUGUUCUGGAAUUUCCACAGCGAGGAUCAAAUAUAAUCACUUGCAGAAUGUUGAAGAAAAAAAAUUACGAAAUUUGUACAGGAGGCAGGGGGAAUGACAGCUUUAUCUUGCUUUAUAUUAUUUUAUGAGCCGGCAAUAUUUUCUCAAGUAGGAAUACUGUAAAAGAAAUCUCUUUAGCAAGUGCAUCUAUCACAGCAAGAAGGAUACAGGGUGGGGUCUUGUCUUGCAAAGGGGCAAUGCCUGCAGCCUGCUUUGGUAGGCAUUGGUAAGGCCAGCAAAGAAAUAAAAUCACAACAGGGGAUCGUACAUUAUCUCUGUCAUAGACUUGCACUGGUCCUUUCUAGUUCCUUCUCAGCAGAAGUCUAAAUCCUGCUCAGGAUGGUAUAUAUGCAUGGCCAUUGGUGGGCAGAUUUCUGCUGUCAAUAUGGCAGAAUAAGAAACAAACGCUUCUGUUUCUCAUUCCACGGUGGGAUCACACCAUCCACACCAUCAAACUGCUGGAAAACCGCACGCCCGCCCAUGCCCAAGGAACAACUGUUCGUAAACUUCCACUAGUUUUGUUUCCUUCUGCCCCUCAAUAAUUAAAGAGUAAAUCAUGUGAAAUAACGACUCAUUUAAAAAAAAAAAAAAAGAGAAGAAAAACAAAAAACACAAAUCACCCGUAGAGCCCAAACAGUGGAGUGGUUUGGGAUACAUUUACCAUGUCUACGUUUGACCGACGUUGCUUCUACGUCUUUGAACCGUGUAACUGUGAAAUGACGGCUCGAUACUGUUAAGACCCCAAAGCACAACUCUGGGCUCUGAGCACAUCAAGUUGCAUAGACGUCACAAUCCUCGCUCCAGCUCCUGGCUUCUCAAGGUGCGAGGAAGUAACUGGUUGGCUUUUAACUGUUCGCAGCCAGCUUGCAGCCCUAAAACUGUUCCACUUGUAGACAUUUGAAUUGAUGCCGGAUUCCUGUUGCCCUUCAUUCUACCUGGAGUACAUUGCACACACUUUGGACACGUCUUCGGCACUGUGUCUCCCUGUUGCUGGCAGAGGUGAGGAGGCUUUCUGUUUAGCCCCACUUAAAAGCAGAAAGAAAAGCACAAGAACUGAUGUCUUCAUAACGCAUUUGAAUGGUUUCUUUGGAGUGUGUGCCUGCGUGUGUGUGUGUGUCUUGGCGAAGGUGGGCAGGUGCAUUUUCACCAAGUGUGACGUUGUCAUAUCACAUGUGCUCUGCAAACGCUAUGCCUUUCCUGCCACAGAGCAGUCCUUCCUUAAAAAAAAAAAAAGGAGGAAUGCUCUGAUGGUUUUCUAUAAAUUAUUUGUGUGUUCAGAAGUUCUCUUGAGCCUUAGUUUGCUCUCCCAUGGUAGAUGAGUCUGUUCUUUAAGUGAAAGCUAUUUUGUGUGUGUUUUGUUCUUUCCCCUUGAUCCUCUUGAGAUGAGUUUUCAGGUCUGCACAAUGGAUUUUAAUUUUUUUUUUUUUUUUUUUUGCGCUGGAUACUGGGGCAGCCUCACCACGUGGCCUACGUGCUUCUGGGGCCCAGGGGACGGUGGGGGGAGGUGGCAUGCACCACGGGGAGUGCCUUUGCAGGUGUGCACCCCCGCACCCCCAGGAGCCAGAACUGGGACCCCUGAGGGGCCAUGUGGCUUGUCACUGGGGGGUGGGGAGGAGAAGCCUGUUUCUAAUCCCGACAGUCCCUUGCACAAUGGAAAUCACUGUGAUUUGUAUAUAGACCCUAGGGAGAUUUUACUGCUGUCUAAUUUAUGUAAGAAUUCUAUGGAUUCCAGGUUUGUUUAAUAAAACUUUGUAUCUUUUAAGAA